AUGGAGAUUAGAAACAGCACGGUGGUGACAGAAUUUAUCCUUAUCGGUCUUGCUCAGUCUCAAGAUAUUCAGCUCCUGGUCUUUGUGCUGAUCUUAAUUUUCUAUCUCAUCAUCCUCCCUGGAAAUUUCCUCAUCAUCUUCACCAUUAGAUCAGACCCUGGGCUCUCAGCCCCACUCUACUUCUUCCUGGGAAACCUAGCUUUUCUGGAUGCGUCCUAUUCCUUCAUUGUGGCUCCCAGGAUGCUGGCGGACUUCCUCACGGAGAAGAAGGUGAUUUCCUACAAAGGCUGCAUCACCCAGCUCUUCUUCUUGCACUUUCUUGGUGGAGGAGAGGGGCUACUUCUUGCUGUGAUGGCCUUUGAUCGCUACAUGGCUAUCUGUCGGCCUUUACACUAUUCAACUCUCAUGAACCCUAGAGUGUGUUAUGCACUACUGUUGGCUUUGUGGUUUGGGGGUUUUGUCCACUCCAUUAUCCAGGUAGUUCUCAUCCUUCGCUUGCCCUUCUGUGGCCCAAACCAGCUGGAUAACUUCUUCUGUGAUGUCCCACAGGUCAUCAAGCUGGCCUGCACGGACACCUUUGUGGUGGAGCUCCUAAUGGUCUUCAACAGUGGCUUGCUCACGCUCCUGUGUUUCUUAGGACUCCUGGUCUCCUAUGCAGUCAUCCUCUGCCAUGUGCACAGGUCUUCUUCCGAAGCAAAGAACAAGGCUCUGUCGACAUGCACAACUCACAUCAUUAUUAUAUUUCUCAUGUUUGGACCUGCCAUCUUCAUCUACACCCGGCCUUUCAGGGCCUUACCUGCCGACAAGGUGGUUUCAUUCUUUCACACAGUGAUCUUUCCUUUGAUGAACCCUGUGAUUUAUACUCUUCGUAACCAGGAAGUGAAAUCGUCCAUGCGGAGGUUAUUGGGUAGACAUGUAGUCUGUUAG